GGGAAAUCAACCGAAGAUGGCCUCACCAAGGACAAUAACCAUUGUUGCCCUAUCUUUUGCACUGGGUCUAUUUUUUGUUUUCAUGGGCACGAUUAAACUUACGCCGAGACUGAGCAAAGAUGCUUACAAUGAAAUGAAGCGGGCCUACAAGAGCUAUGCCAAGGCGCUGCCGGGCCUGAAGAAGAUGGGCGUGAGCUCGGUGCUGCUGCGCAAGGUGAUUGGCACGCUGGAGGUGAGCUGCGGCGUGGUGCUGACACUGGUGCCAGGCAAGCCCAAGGACGUGGCCAACUUCCUGCUGCUGCUGGUCAUGCUGGCCGUGCUCUUCUUCCACCAGCUGGUCGGCGACCCCCUCAAGCGCUACGCCCACGCGCUGGUCUUCGGCAUCCUCCUCACCUGCCGCCUGCUCAUCGCACGGCAGAGCGAGGACCAGCAGCAGAGGCCUGGCGCAGGGGACCAGCGGGGCGGGGAGGAGAGCCGAGAGGCAAGGGAGGUGGGGGACAAGGAAAAGAACAAAGUCAAGCUCUCCUAGUUGCCUCCAGAUGUCUCUCUCUCUCUCUCCUUUCCUCCCUGUUCCCCUUCUCCUCCUCCUCCCCUUCUGGCUAGCUGGCUUGGCUGGCUGGCUGGUGGACAAAGCUGGGGCUUCUCUUUUGGGGAAAAGUUGAUGCUUUCUUCUGGAUGAGGAUGACGACGACAAUGACGAUGAUGGAAGUGGUUUUAGGUGUCCGAACAAAGACAGUCACCACAUGCAGAGUGAUCAAUCUUCAUUUCACCAAAGUCCCCCACACCACACACGUAUACACUGUCUUUUUUCCGAUCCUGGCCCACACUCAUAACUGGUUAAAAGGAUCUCAUUCUGGUUCACUUUUGUGUUAAUGUCAGCCAUCUUGGCUUCUUAACGUGGGGGUGGUCACACAAUCCCUUUUUUUACCGUCUCUGAUAAUCAUCGUGUGGCAACUGUUUGAUAUGAUAUGUAGCUGAUAUGGGAAGGGAGAGAGGAAAUGUGUUGCACAUAUUCUUCAGUUGCUCUUUCUCCAUGUUGUUUUUCUAUUUAUUUAUUAAUUUCACCAAUCAAAGGUUAGGAUAUGUAACACGCCAUAUGGUUUUAACAAACCCAUACUGUCAAUGUCAAAGUAUUAUCUAUGACUGUAAGAUUAUACUGUGGUUAUGCAGAAAGGACUACUUUUACAAUGAAGAUGAAACUUGAUGCUUUUAUAGGUAAAUGAGUUGAUAAUAUUAAAAAAACAAUUUAGUUUAAUAUCUUCCCUGAGGUUAAAUAUACAUUUAAUUUAGUAGUGCAGUUACGACUUAGUUAUGUUGGUUGAAAUUCAUCCCAAUUGUUUGUAAUAGUGUAGUGAUUUUUAAAAACCUCUAUGUGCUUUUUUGUUUCUUCUUUUUAGUUAAGGAAAACAAUCUCAUCUCCGUUUUGAAUGCAUGGUGAAAUAAUGCCACUCCACAGUAAAGUUGUAAAAAGGAAGCAACUUACGAACCACAAAUAACUAAGUGUAGUUGGCUAUACAUUAAUUCCCUAAUUCUCAGAUAUGUUUAUUUUUUACGAAAGUCAGAAAACAUAUGUAUCAUGCUGGAAGAUAUGUAAGGAUUAUGCUUCUGCUGUAUCACAAAAAUACAUUUGAAAACGAGCACCCAAU